GGUGGUGGAAUGCACAUUACAUUGUGCGAUCGCCAAUAUACCAUAGAAGAAGAUCUUCGUCAUAUCCUCCCAUCUUUCGUUGCCGCAUGUUUCCUCGGAUAUUUGUGGAUCAGGUAGAAACAUGAACCAAGAAAAAUUAGCAAAACUUCAAGCCCAGGUCCGGAUAGGAGGAAAGGGCUCGGCACGUAGGAAGAAGAAGGUCGUACACAGAACGGCAACAGCGGACGACAAAAAACUUCAGAGUUCGUUAAAGAAAUUAGCUGUCAACAACAUUGCUGGUAUUGAAGAGGUAAACAUGAUCAAGGAUGACGGCUCAGUGAUCCACUUCAACAACCCCAAAGUGCAGGCGUCUCUGUCGGCCAACACAUUCGCUAUCACCGGCCAUGCCGAGACCAAGCAACUCACGGAGAUGCUGCCGGGCAUCCUCAGCCAGCUGGGCGCCGACAGCCUCACCAGCCUGCGCAAACUAGCAGAGCAGUUCCCUCGACAAGUACUUGACAGCAAAACCCCUAAAGCAGAAGAUAUUGAAGAAGAAGACGACGAUGUCCCAGACCUGGUGGAGAAUUUUGACGAAGCAUCAAAGAAUGAGGCAAACUGAUUGAUCUUCCCCUUGAGACCCCAUACAAGGAUUGGAACUGCAAUUAAGAAACUAAGGCGGCUUCUCCGAUGUUUUAACUUCUAGCUACGAAGACAUAUCAUUUCAAACACUAUCCCGUCAACCAGAGACUUGUGUAUUUUGAAAUGUCCCAAGGAUGCAGUCCUUAUCAGACUUGCUUGCUCACUUCAACUCCCAACACAUUGGUCAACGGUUCAGUACUUUUCACCACAUUGUUAGUCUUGAUCAGGAUUGCGGUGGUCAUUAAUUAAAGCUAGUCUUAAUAAUUUUGUUUGUUUUUACGAAACAAAAUAAAGGUGAUUAACGUUUUCUA